UCCUUCCAAACACGUAAAACUCCUCCCAACCAAACGAAAAAGAAAAAAAAUUAUUUCGAAUUUCGCUGUUUUUUUUUUUCAUUUUCUGUUUUUUAUUUUUCCAACUAACCAAACAUAUCUCUUACCCGUUUUCCUCGUGAUUUUCUGAUCUCCCAAACAUAGCUCUUUUUUAUUUUUAUGUUUUUUUCCCUCCAUUUCCUAAUCCAUACCUCGCUACGUGAUCUAGGAAAAAAACAGCUUUAAGCUAGCUAGCCAGCCACAAUUAGAAAAAGUAGGCGUUUUAAUUUUCACGGUUAGCCUUCCUCAACUUGCGCAACUUUUUUUUUCUUCCCCAAAAAAAAAUAAAAAAUAAACAGAGUUUACAAUUAUAUGGAUGAGAAAUUUAAACUUUUUUUUUUUUUUUUUCGUUCUUGAGGUUUUUAAUUCUGCAUAGAACUAUGUAGGUCUUCAAUUAAUGCGAGGACUUUUUCUGUGCUGCUGGCUUGCGUGUGGACUAAAAAACUAGUAAUAGUAGUAGUUUUUUGUUUCUUAUAUCGCAUCGCAUGCAGUGCAGGUGUUUGAUAAAUUGAAAAGCUGAGAAAAUUUCAGAGAAAAUUUUUUCGAUUGAACAUUGGAUAUAUAUAUAUAUAUAUAUUGUAGAAGAAGAUGCCGGGAAAUAAUAUGUCACGGAGAAGAGAUCGUGAUGAAGAAGAAGAGAAAGAGACGGAAUCGGAAUCAGAUGGAGGAGAGUAUGAGUUUGAGGAUCUGAACGAUCGAAUCAAAUCGUCGCGUGGAAGCCGAUUCGAUCUCAUCGCCAAUGAGUUUGAACUCCAACGUUUUUCCAAAUUCAGCCGAGAAAACUUGAUCAAUGGCUUCAAAGGCCUCUCCAAAGAUCUCCUUAUUCAUCCUGAUAACUGGUGGUAUCGGGCAUGGACCAAAUUCAUAUUGAUAUGGGCAGUGUACUCGUCAUUCUUCACGCCCAUGGAGUUCGGAUUUUUUCGGGGCUUACCCGAAAAUCUUUUUAUAUUAGACAUUGUAGGACAGAUAGCAUUCCUCAUAGACAUUGUUUUGCAGUUCUUUGUAGCCUAUAGAGACAGUCAGACCUACAGAUUGGUUUGCAAGCGAACCCCUAUUGCCAUUAGGUAUCUGAAAUCUAGUUUUGUUGUUGAUUUGCUUGGUUGUAUGCCUUGGGAUAUUAUAUACAAGGCUUGUGGGAGAAGAGAAGAAGUUAGGUAUCUCCUAUGGAUAAGAUUAACUCGAGCACGCAAAGUUAUCGCUUUCUUUCAGAAUCUAGAGAAGGAUAUACGCAUUAAUUACUUGUUCACUAGGAUUGUAAAGCUUAUUGUUGUUGAGCUUUAUUGCACUCAUACGGCAGCUUGCAUCUUUUAUUACUUAGCUACCACCCUACAUGCUUCAGAAGAGGGAUAUACAUGGAUAGGAAGCUUGAAGAUGGGUGACUACAGCUACUCACACUUCAGAGAUAUUGAUAUAUGGAAACGUUACACGACUUCUUUAUAUUUUGCUAUUGUCACUAUGGCCACAGUUGGUUAUGGAGAUAUACAUGCAGUCAAUUUGAGGGAGAUGAUAUUCGUAAUGAUAUAUGUGUCUUUUGACAUGAUUCUUGGUGCUUAUUUGAUUGGUAAUAUGACAGCCUUAAUAGUAAAAGGAUCAAAGACAGAAAAAUUCAGGGACAAAAUGACUGAUAUCAUCAAAUAUAUGAAUAGAAAUAGACUGGGAAGAGAUAUUCGUAAUCAAAUUAAGGGUCAUGUACGUUUACAGUUUGAGAGUAGCUACACAGACGCAGCAGUUCUUCAGGACAUCCCAAUCUCAAUUCGUGCAAAGAUCUCCCAGAGUUUGUAUAUGCCGUACAUUGAAAAUGUUUCUCUCUUCAAAGGCUGCUCUAUGGAAUUCAUUAAUCAAAUUGUUAUUAAACUGCAUGAGGAGUUUUUUCUCCCGGGAGAAGUGAUAAUGGAACAGGGAAAUGUGGUAGACCAAUUGUAUUUUGUCUGUCAUGGUGUGCUGGAGGAGGUGGGCAUAGGGGAAGAUGGAUCAGAAGAAACUGUUUCACUUUUGGAACCUAACAGCUCAUUUGGAGAAAUUUCAAUUCUUUGUAACAUUCCUCAACCUUAUACUGUUCGAGUUUGUGAAUUAUGUAGGCUCCUACGGCUUGACAAGCAAUCAUUUACUAAUAUCCUUGACAUCUAUUUUUAUGAUGGGAGAAAAAUUUUGAAUAAUCUUCUAGAGGGGAAACAAUCAAACCUUCGAGUCAAGCAACUGGAGUCGGACAUUACAUUUCAUAUAGGAAAGCAAGAAGCUGAACUUGCUUUGAAGGUCAAUAGUGCUGCUUAUUAUGGAGAUUUAUAUCAGCUAAAAGGUUUGAUCCGAGCUGGAGCUGAUCCAAACAAGACAGAUUAUGAUGGAAGAUCACCCUUGCACCUUGCUGCAUCAAGAGGAUAUGAAGAUAUUUGCUAUUUUCUUAUUCAAGAAGGAGUGGACAUCAAUGCUAAAGAUAAUUUUGGGAACACCCCUUUACUUGAAGCUAUUAAAAAUGGACAUGAUCGAGUCUCUUCUUUACUGGUUAGAGAAGGAGCCUCCUUGAAUGUAGACAAUGCUGGUAGUUUUUUAUGUACAGCCGUUUCAAGGGGGGAUUCAGAUUUUCUUAAAAGAAUACUGUCAAAUGGUAUUGAUCCAAACGCGAAAGAUUAUGACCACCGAACAGCACUCCAUGUUGCUGCAUCUGAAGGACUAUACAUAAUGGCAAAGUUGCUGAUAGAAGCUGGGGCUAGUGUUUUCUCCAAGGACAGAUGGGGAAACACCCCCAUUGAUGAUGGUCGGAUGUGUGGUAACAAGAAUUUGAUUAAGCUACUUGAAGAUGCAAAGGUUGGUCAGUUGUCAGAAAUCUCUAGUAGUCGACAAGAAAUUACAGAUAAAAUUCACAGAAGGAAAUGCACAGUGUUCCCUUUCCAUCCCUGGGAUCCUGAAGAAGAUAGAAAAUCCGGAAUUGUGUUGUGGGUCUCCGACACCAUUGAAGAGCUUAUUAAAAAAGCAACAAAGCAGCUUGAGUUUUCAAAUGCUUCUUGUAUAUUGUCAGAAGAUGGAGGUAAAAUUCUUGAUGUAGACUUGAUUAAUGAUGGUCAAAAGCUGUAUUUAUCUGGUGAAACACAUUCUAAAAUAAACCUCAAUUCUAUUUGAAGCGAUGUAUUUGUAAGUAUAAUCUUGAACAUAAUCUUAGUGCAGCUUUUAUGCCUUCUUUUUAUGCAAA